UUGGGUUUGUGUUUGGGGCUAAUGUGCCGCCUUGGAAUUGUCUUUUGUAAUGCUAAUGGUGAUUCAGUUCAGAUAAGAUUCCUCAUUACUGUCAAUGAUACGUGGAAUCCAAGUGGAUGUAUAUACACUGCCAUCUCACCACCGUUAUGGUCAGGAGUCAAGUACAACAAAUCUGAUUCAAUCCACAUUGGAGGUUGUGACGUAGGACCUCUACGUUUUAAUGUUCGUCAGCUGAACGGAGGCAAGAGCAAAAUGGCUGUUGACCUAACGUUCUACUCUUCGGUGAUUGAGGACGCCUCCCCUCCAACGUGCUCCAUCCAAUGGAACGGAACCUACUUAACUCCCGGGACAACCGACCCUGGCGAAUCCCUUCUACCCGGCUGUUUUGUGAUGGAUUCCAGGGAGGGAUAUCACAUGACCUAUUACUGGUUUCACCUGUUGGAUUGGAUGUUUCUUUGAAAUGUUGUCAGAAAGCAUAUCGCUUGCCAUCUGAUUAUUAAAAUACAUUUUAAAUCAC